GGUGCCCGAGGAUGACUUGGCGAGGAGGUGGCAGAGGUGGAGGGGGACCAGCAGGCUGCAGCCAGCGGCCCAGAUCCUGAAGGAGCGCAUCGACGCGCUGGCGCAGGCCGGUCGGGAAUCGAGGCUGGAGGAUGAGCGUGCCGAGGGCGCAGAGCAGGCACUGCGGAUGCUGCACCAGCACUGGUGCGAGGGGAACGACGUCCACGACGAGGACCGUUGGAGGCAUCCCGCCCUGCAUCGGUCGCGCGGCGGCCAGCACCCGUACCCGGGCCUCUCGAACCUGUGCAACUCCUGCUACCUCAACGCGCCCCUGCAGUGCCUCCCCCACUGCCCCGCCGCGCGCGCCGCGCUCCUGGGGGCGGAGCGCGAGGGUGAGCCGCUGGUCGUGCAGGAGCUGCGCGCCCUGGCGGCCGCCUGCGUGCGCGGGGUGCCGCCGCCCGCGGAGGACGUCGGCGGCUCCGCGCCAGCGCCAGUCCGCUUGGACCGCUGGUCCCCGCACGCCUUCGUGGACGCGUUCCUCGCGAAGCACUGGGUGGACUUCGGGCUGGGGAAGUACGCGGACGCGAGUGAGGCGCUGUCCUUCAUCCUGGAAGACGCGCCCGGUCUCGCCAGCCUCUUCCAGACAGGAUGCGACGAGGAGGCCAUGAUGAGGCUCCCGGCGUUCGUGGACGAGGCAGACGAAGGCGACGACGCCCUGUCGCCGCAGGACUUCCUCCUCGACGGGGGCGCGCAGCGACUGGGCGUGCGAGAGCUGCUCCGCCGCGGCGCCUCCAUGGGCGGGCGGCUGCGAUCGAAGCCCGAGUUGCUGGCGGUCCACGUGCCCCAGAGGUUGGAGCGGGGCGACGGCGCGGCGCUCUUCCUCGGCGGCUGCGACAUCGCGCCCUACUGGGGCGAGCUCCCGGAGGUGGCUCUGAGGGCGGGGGGGGAAGACGUCGCGUACCGCCUGCGCGCCCACGUGCAGUACAUCCUGCCCGAGGGGUCGGAAGCCGUCCCAUCCCACGUUCUGAAUGACCCCCAGGGCCACUUCGUGGCCCACUUCGAGGAGGACGGGAGCUGGUACACUGCAGACGACCUGGGCGAUCGGCCGCACGUGGUCCAGUGGGCGCCUGGCACCCAGCACAAGAUACCUUGCAUCAUCUUCCUUGAGAAGGUGGGCUCCAGGGCGGCCCGCGCCGAGGCGUGCCCGUGGCCGCUCGGGCCGGUCGUCGACGGCGCGGAGGGCGCGGGCGACGACGGCGAUGUCGACACGGACGGCGAGGACAGCCCUGGCCUCGACGGAGCGCCCGAGAAGCAGGAGGAGGAGGGUGGCGGGGCCGGCGACGCUGGCGCGCUGGGCGCGCGGAAGCGACCCGCGGCGUCAGCGAGGAGCGGCGCCCCUGCCAGGAAGCGGCUCCGCCUCCGAGGGAAGCAGAGCGUGGCUGGGAGGCAGCAGAGCCGCGCCGGGAGGCAGCAGAGCCGCGCCGGGAGGCAGCAGAGCCGCGCUGGGAGGCAGCAGAGCCGAAACCAGGAGGGGAUGCAGCAGAGCCGAAACCGAGAGGGGAGGCAGCAGAACCGGGAGGAUCAGAAGCGCGGUUGCAAGCCGGAGGAGGUGUUGCGGCAGGGGCGGAAGCCGAAGAGCAAAGGCGACAACGCCGACGGGUCCAGGCAGGACGCCCAGAACAACGCCGCCACCCCGGUCCUCCGCAGCAGCAUGGAGGCGAAGAGCUUGCAGGCGGCGUGCGACGCGCGCCGGGAGUGCGGCGACCUGUUCUUGCACUUGCACUUGCUGGAGCCGCUGGCCGCUGCCGAUGACCUGCUGAAGCGCUACCCUGACUUCUUCGUCUACGCGGGCGACGACUGCGCCAACCGAUGGGCGACGUUCCUGCGCGCCUUCGAUCGGCCUGACAAGUUGGCCGGCAGGCUGCGGGAGGCGCUCGGGGUGACGCUCCUGGACGAGCGCCUGGGCUUCGCCCACGGCGCCCACUCCGUGGCGGCCGCGGCCCGCCUGGCGGCGAGCGACGCGUCGGCCGCGCUGGGCGACGGCAACCCGCUGAGGGCGCACCUGGCGGAGGCGUGGCAGCGCAGACCCUGCAACCGCGGCCCGCCCCGGCACGCCGCCAUGCCUGCGCGCCUUCGGGAUCGCUCUGAGUGGUUCCAGUGCCCCGCGCCCGCCCUGCAUUAUGCCUGCCGCAUGUGCGAGGCCGAGUUCCCCAACAGGGAGGCGUUCAAGGCGCGCCAGGGCAGAGUCCACGGGGGGCAGCGGUGGUACCAGUCGCAGUAUGUGGCGCGGUGCGAGCUGGAGCCCUACCAGCCGUCGCCGACCGAGGAGCGCCAGGUGGUUGCCAGGUUCCACAUCUCCCAGUGCUGCGCCACCGUCGAUCCCGUCGACGAGCCGUUCGUCCCGAAGCUCGACUCGGAGAUGCAGAAGCAGCUCGUCCACGCGGAGAUCGUCGGCAGGAUCGCCGGCAAGAUCGGGCAGGCCCCCCCCGCGGAAGAGGUUUCCCGGCAGGCGGCCGACGCGGCGGAGUCGGCAGCCCGCGCUCAGGCGGCGUGCCAGGCGAGGGAGCCCCGCGCUUUCCAGGCAUGCGUCUGCUGCGCCAUGCAGCAGUGGUCCGAGAACCUCCACUCGGAGUACCUCGUCGGCGACAAGUGCACCAUAAAGGACCGGGCCCAGUUCGCGGACUGCCUGUCGGCCGAGUGGUAUCACCAACGAUGGCCCCUCAUACCGCGCGACGAGCUGAUGUCGUCGGCCGUGGACUUCCCCCACAACGACUGCGAGGGCUCGCCGACGUCCACGAAGAUACUCUUGCACAAGAGGCGCGUGCCCCCGGAGGCGCUCGAAGGGAAUGUGCCAGUGAAAGUUUGCAAGGAUUGCCGGAGAGACCUGUGGUCUGAUCACCCCAAGGUGCCGCUGAUGGCGUUGGUGAACGACCUCUGGUUGGGCCGCCACCACCCGCUGCUCAGGAAGGCCGCUCUCGCACACCAGAUGCUGCUCGCGCUCGGCCGCGUCGUAUCCACGAAGAUCUACCUGUCCAGCAAGGGCGCCGACAAGGCCGUCCGGCAGGAGCAGCAGUCGUGGAGGCAGAAGUUCUUGCAGUACGCCAUCCAUCGCGCCGACAACGACGAGGAGGGCAUCCCCCUGACCGAGGACCAGAAGCAGGAGAGGGCCCUGAGAGCCAUGAGGGAGGAGGUGGCGCUGCACGUCGACAAGGCGGAGUACGACGCCCAGGCGCGGUUGUUGAAGCAGCACAACUACGUGUACAAUGACCCGGGCGUCCAGUACCGAUCGGACCUCGUGGACCGAUUCCCCCCGCGGCCGGGCGUGCCCGACUUCAUGUUGGCCUGCGCGAAGUAUGUCCCCACGGACGCGGCGUUGGACGACGUCGCGCAGGCGCAGGGGCCCGCCUCGGCCACCACUGGCGCGCAGGCAGAGAUGAGCGCGGCUGCCGAGGACGCGCAGGAGCUGACCAAGUGGCUGUCCGUCCUUGAGGACCACAUGGACGACGUCAGCGAGCUCACGUCCCUGCCGGCGCUCCAGGGCAUGCUCGAGAGGAUGGAGAGUCAGGCGGGGCGCGUGGUGGCCAACGAGCUGAUGUCCAGACUCGAGGACCAGGGAGGCGAGGAUAGGGCGCUGCAGCUGGACGAGAUCGGGCGUCACCGCCUGCGGGACCUCUGCCAGGAGUUCCACGCGCGCUGUCGGAAGAUCUCCCCAGGGGAGGACAUGGCGAAGCUGCACUGGCGCGUCCAGGCGCUGGAGACCAACAACUGCCAGGCGGGGGAGGGCGCGGGCGACCUGGCGCGAUCUGCAGGAGUCGCGGGGACUCCCGCCGAGGACGAUCCGCGCUCCUUGCAGGAACCGCCCGUCCCAGACGGCCAGCGGAAGGCGAGGCUUCGGGUGCCCACUUCGAGGAAGGCGGAGAGCUGGUGGAAUCCGAAAUACUGGUCGAUUGCCAGGCCCACGGACUUCUGCUACGGGGACUGCGCCUGGGGCCUCGGCCAGCUCCCCCCGGACGGAGAUGAGGACCCGCAGAAGCAGAAGGAGAGAUACGUGGCCAGGCCCAUCAGUCGUUUCCGCAGCUCCUGGUACGACGUGCACCUGCUGUGUUCCUUCUGGAGAGUCACGGAGACGACCAACAGCACCUACACGUUCAUGAAGACGCCCGGGGCGUUCGGGGCCGCUCGCGCCUGCGCGGACAUCACGCCGGAGAUGAUCGAGGAGGUGCAGCUCAGGGCGCAGCAGACGGGCGGGAAGGCCACGCUGCACGGCAUCCUCAAGGACAAGGACACCCCGAACGAGGUGCGCAAGGCCUUCGCCACCCUGGGCCAGGCCACUGCCGGCCAAGUCGGGUCCGACGGACACAGGCGGGAGCUGCGCGGAGAGGGCGAGGCGUAUACCCUGCGCUUCGGCCCGCCCGUCCAGUUCGUUACCCCGAAUCUGGCAGGUACCAAGCAGCCCCUGAUCCUCAUCGUGCAGGGGGAGGAAUACACCUUCGACAACGACCUGACCGAGGCGGGGCAAGUCACGUUCAGCGAGAUGUCGCAGCGCGUCGCCGCGGACCCCGUGGGCCAGGCCGUGGUGUUCGAGCUGAUGAUGAGGCUGUUCUUCGUCCACGUCCUCGGCCUGCGCCCAGAGACCGUCGGGUGGCGGCGAGGAGAAGUUCGAAAGGCUUCGGAGCACUGGGUCUCCGACGGCGUGGCGGCCGACCUCAUGGGCGUGCCCGCGGUGUUCGGCCCCCUCGCGGCGGCCUUCGGUCCUGUCGAGGCUCAGGGCCGCGGCUCGCUUCACCCGCAUAUCCUCAUCUGGCUGCUGCAGGGCCAGCUGCAAGUGCUCCUGGACAUGCUGCAGCGCGACCAGGCGAGCUUCGAGGAGCGCUUAAACCAGUGGAUGCGGCAGGUGGUGCAGGCCGUGGUCGCCACUCAGCAGAGCGCCGUGGAGCUGCUGCCCUUGCAGCUGCAGGGGGGCGAGAACAAGUGCGGGGUCGCGGUGCCGCCGCUGCCGUUCGGGCCCAACGAGAAGCGGUACUUCAGAGCCGACGGGCGCAGGGAGACGGCGACGGCAGAGCAGCUCGGGGUCGGGGACGACACGGGUGAACAGGAGCUGUGGUUCUACGACCCACAAAAGUCCGAAACCCAAGACGACGAGGUCUACCACGAGGCGUAUCGCCCCAAUCUGCCGCUGCGCCACAAGGACGGCACGGAAGCGGACGACGAGGCGGCGUGGGUGGAGAAGAACACCGCGGAGAACAAGGGGUACUGGCGGCAGCCGCUCUCCAGCAGCGCCUCCAGCAUUUUCCCGAGGUACCGCGGCGGGGGCACCCUGGCGGAGUCUCUCCCGAGCGAGGAGUGGAUUCGCGAGAUGUGCCGCGACGCGCACGAGCUCGUCAUCGGCUGCGGCAUCCACGUCUGCAGCCCCUCUUGCUACAAGUACCAUUCGGACAAGGCGCGCGGCUCGCAGAUCUGCCGCCACAACUUCUACAACCUGGUGACAUUGUGCACGUGGCCCGAGGAUGCGGACUCCCAAGAGUGCCGGUUCCGCACGCGCGGGAAGGCGCUGCGCGGCUGCAUCGGCAUCUUCCGGGAGACGGACUACGGCAUGGCCGGGCGCAUCGUCACCUUCCAGCUUCACCCCGGGGAGACCUCCACGAAGUACGCGGCGGUCGUCUCGGCGCGGUGCAACGUGGACGUGCAGGACAUGAGACGGGUGCUGCCCCCGCGCCUGUGGAUGGAUGCGUCGGAGCUGGAACCGGAGCCGGACGAGAAGGACCGCAAGAGCUACAACCAUGGCCUCUACCCUCAGCGCUACGCCGACUUCUCGGUGGGCGCCCGGGAGGACUGGGGAUGGUUCCAGCAUCUGAACACCACGUCCGCGGAGAAAUGGGACCUUGUCGUAGUCACCGACUGGCGCGAGAUCUUCAGGGAGCUCGCGAACCGCGACAGCCCCGCCGUGGACGGUGGCGACGCUGCGCGCGCCGAUCUCCAGCGCGACCUGGAGCGGCACGCGCUGGCCACCUUCGUGGACGCCCACAACACGAGCUACUACAUCAACUCGUACACCACGAAGGUGAACCCCAGCAUGGACGACGUGCUCUGCAAGCUCCUCGACGGCGUGCGCCGCCUGAAGAGCCAGUGGGACGACAGGGAGGCGCAGGCCGCGGGCGACGCCGGCGACGAGGUGUUGGCCCGCUUCGAGACCUGCUUCCGCAGGGCCUCCUGGAAAAGCGGCAGCGAGAUGGUCUUCCCCAUGCUCUUUGGGCACCUCUCCUUCAUGACGCACCGUUGCUGGAAGGUGUUCAUGCGGAAAUCCAUCUACCUCGCCGCGGAGUCCUGGCGCAGGCGGUACGGCCAGGCCGACACCGCGGAAAGCGCACCCGCCGCCUCGAUCACGUACGCGGUCCCCGGCACUGGACAGCAGGUCGCGAUGCCGGGGUGGCGCGAGGUGCAGCGCGAGGGCGAGACGGUGUACGUCAGCCCCGACGGCGAGGAGUUCGACACGUUCGAGUACGCGCACCAGGCGUUCCAGAUCGCGAACGCCAGCGGCGGCUCGCUGCGCGACGUGACGAAGGCGCUGAACAAGUUGCGGGAAGGCGAGGCCGAAGAGGGCAAGUUCAGGGGCGCAGUGCUGAGCCAGCACGACGAUUGGAUGCACCGCGGAGACCACCCUAUUGUCCGAGACAUGAGCUUGUACGUCUACAGCAUCUGGGUGUGCCGCGUGGAACUGCCGCUGCAUGCCCUUCCGGCCGGGGAGCUGGAUCCCGAGGGCAGCGGAGGUCGCACCCUGCACGUCGACAUCGCCUUCGACUCGUCCUACUCGGCGGCGCGGAACUGGACUCAGAGGCUGGCCGUCGAGCCGCGCAUCCCGAAGCCGGACGGCUUCCAGUUCGUGAGCGCGGAGUCGAACGUGGAGACGCACUACCUCAUGAAGUCGGUGCUGCUCCGGCCAGUGCACCUGCCGGACGCCGACGGCCCCAACGACACGAAGGAGCUGCGCUACCUCCGCGCGUACGAGCACCU